GCAUUGCUCCGAAAGCCCUGAAGUGGACAGUUGUGCUCACUGUCACGGGUUCUCCUGAACAUAGCUCACCAAGAACUUUAGGAAGGAAAAGACAGACACAACAACACACACACACACGCUGAGCAAUCUUGAGGACUGUUUGGUCCAGCAGGCUGACAACUCACCUGGGAGAGUUUGUGGAUGCCUCAAUCCCUUUGGAAGGUGUGUACGGAACCAUCUCUCUGGGAGCCAGGAGCUGCAACAGCAGGUAACGGGAAAAAUCUUUCAGGCACGACCAGCCAGCGAAUGUUCCCUGCUUUCAAGAGGGAAGAGGUGCUAAGCUAAUCAGAACCCUAACCUGAAGGACCCUGGGCUCCCAAUUCAGCUUCUUGAAUUGCACUCAAAGGCAAGUGAAGAACCAGCCCAGAGGCUUGAGCAGAGGGGUAUCCGGCUCCCUUCAAUUCAAACCUUUCAGCAGCUGAGUCACACCGAGUAAAACUUCUGGAUGGUCUUCAAAAGUGGCCCCAUUGACAGCGCAGUCCAAUAGCGUAUUUGGAGGAUGUAUUCGAUUCACGCAAAAGCCAGGCAUUGUUUCCUGUGGGAUCUCCUCUUGGAAAUCUGCUCAAGAUUAAAGGUUCCGCAGUUCCGGAGGAGGUUCUGCAGGAAGAGGAAGCCGGUGACUGGAUUCUGCUUCCUGAUGGCUCUGUCUAUGAUGGCCCUGAACCGGUUCCCCCUGCUGCUCCAAGAAUGGGGAGGGGAGUGGCGCAAGCUGGAUCCAUCUGAUCCGAGUGGACAGGGCAGUCAACCCCUCUGUUUUGACACCACCAACUCUGUCCUCCAACCAGCUCUGUGCUCCAGCCACAAGCAGCCGCCCCUGCCGGGACAGCCAGGGGAAAAGAGAUCCUCCUCCAUCUCCAGCAUUGUCUGGAAAUGGAAAGACCAGCUGGGCCAUCGAGGCAAAGGGGGCAGUCGCUCCCUCAGGUCUGAGAGGAGGCCUCAGAGACGGACCAGGAGGGCAGUGGUUGCUGUGUCUGCUGCUCCUGAUGCUGGUUUGGCAAACUCCAGAGAUGUUCGAAAACUGAUGCAGGGGAACCUUUCCCUGGGAAUUGGUGGUGGUCGGGGCAGGAGAACCCACUUGGCUGUGAAGAACACUCGGAGGGACAGUCACUUUCAGGGACCAGGAAGGAAGGAAGCAGGGCAAGAAAGCCAGAUAGAGGACAACGGACUUCUCACUCCACCUUCCAGAAGGCACAAGACCAGGAAAGCUGUGGCCCUUUCCCUCCCCAAGGGUCACAGAGGGGGUUGGGCCUCCCGGCUUGGAAUCCAGUGGCAGCCAGAUGUUCAGACUGCCCAGAUGGACCUGCUGCUUCAGACUGAGGGCAAGGCCAUGCCCAGAGCAGAGGCCAGAACCAAAGGCAGAGGAGGGCAGGUGGACACCUCUGACCAGGACUGGGCAAAGCAUGUCAGGCUGGGCGGUGCUGAGGGGCUGAGGAGGUCUCCCUGGUGUGCCCCUGGGGACCCCGGGUCUGCUCUCUCAGUCCACCGGCAGACCCCACCGUGGUUCACCGGGGACGAUCUGAGGAAGCUGAGGCUGCUGGCCCACGGACAGGUGAUCAGCAAAGCUCGGGUGCCUGCCCACGGGCAGGUCCUCCGGGUGGGGCUCUCCAGCGGCAAGGUCCAGAGCGCACUCUCUGUCGACCCUGACCGGCUCUGCUCAGAGGGGUCCUGCGGGCUGAUCAAGCGGCCCGGGGACUUGUAUGAGGUCCUGGCCUUCCACCUGGACCGGGUGUUGGGACUGCACCGGAGCCUGCCCGCUGUGGCCCGGCGAUUCCACAGUGCCCUGCUCCCCUACCGCUACACCGACGGGAUGGCCCGACCCAUCAUCUGGUGGGCGCCCGACGUCCGGCAUCUGGACGACAGGGACAACGACCAGAACUCCAUCAUGCUGGGCUGGCUGCAGUACCAGGCCCUGCUCCAGCUCCGCUGUGGGAUGCCUGGCUCCCGGGCCCCGCUCAACCAGGCCCCUUGCUUGGGCAUCCAGCACGGGGAAUGGGCCCGGCUGGCACUCUUUGAUUUCCUCCUUCAGGUCCACGACCGCCUGGACCGCUGCUGCUGUGGUUUUCAGCCCGAACCCUCAGAUCCCUGUUUGGAGGAAAUGCUCCGGGAGAAAUGCAGGAAUCCUGCCGAUCUGAAACUCGUCCACAUCUUGGUACGAGGAACUGAUCCAUCCCACCUCGCAUUCAUCGAUAACGCUGGAAAGCCUGGGCACCCGGAAGGACAGCUCAACUUCAGGCUCCUGGAGGGCAUAGAUGGGUUUCCCAAGUCAGCUGUGAGUGUGCUGGCAUCUGGGUGCUUACAGAACAUGCUCCUGAAGUCACUGUGGACGGACCAGGAAUUUUGGGAAAGUCAAGGUGGAUACCAAGGUCUGAAAGAUCUGCUUCAAACCAUUGACAGGAGAGGGCAGAUCCUAUUGGAAUACAUUCGGCAUCAGAACCUAACCAUUGUUAAGGAUGAAUCACUGUGAAGCCUUCUUGAGUUUUGGUGCCUGGUGGUUUUAACAGGGCAGUGUUCUUGGCCCUUUGAAGCUUAUGACAAGGCACUGGAUUUGAAGCCCUAUCUGACACGAGAGUCAGAUUCCAACCAUGUUGAGAAGAACCAUGCUGAAUGGACGCUGAACACCACGUUUCGGAGAAAUGGAAAUCAAAGCCAAAGAUGGCAGAUUUUUGCUCUGCUCAAAAUGGGUGGAGAGAUAGCUAGCUGCUGGACUGUUCUGUUCUGAGUGGAGGUUCUGAAAUUGAAUCACACACCCAAGAAAUUUCAAGACAAUAUUUUUCAAAGGAUCCUAUCAGCCCUUCCAGUUCUAUGCCUCUGAAACGAAAAACCAGCAGAUAAAAUCAGGAAUUCCAUGUGAUCUAAUCUUAGUAAUGUAAGUUGCACAUCUCAUGGACGUGGGUGUGAACAGGAGUGUAUCUGGAUGCCUGUGUUUGCUGUGUUAAAUGGUGAUUUCUUUUUGUAAUUGUCCUUGUCUGCUUUAUCCUUGUUUCACCUGGGAUUGUGUCCUACUAUCCUGUGGUAAUCAGUAGGGUUCUCUCUGGCAGAUGAAUGCCCAAAUCCAUUGAAUAAAAAGCUAAGAUACUA